AUGCGCCAGCGCCUAGCCCUUCGCCGAAUCCUCCUCCAGAGGCUCUUCCGGCUCCAGGCCACCCGACCCUUCACGAGCCACACAUCCCUCACUUCGCGUGGCCGACCACAGCUCCCCUUCUUAUCGAUCCCGGUAACGUCACCGCGUCCUCGUGUCCGCUACUUCACGACCGAGAAGAAGCAAUGGCUCCGCUACGAAAGUCGCCUUUUUCUCCGUUAUAACGUUUCCAUCUGGGGCGGCGCGCUGUGCAUCCUUGGUAUUGUGUUCCUGCUGAACCAGGAAGGCCUCGAGAAAGAGCACCCGACGCCGCAUGAGUGGUCGUUCCUGACGAGGAUGGGCGUGCGCGGCGCGAAGCACGCCGCCAAGGAUAGCCAGAACCACGACGUGAAUUGGGUCGAGGUCAUUGUGUCGUGCAGGGAAAUGCUCAGGAGGUUGGAGGAUCCGAACAUUGACGGUACGGGGAUUCGGGAACUGCUGGACGAGCCUCUUUCUAUCGACGGAGUGGGCAACGCCGGGAAGGACCUGUCGGCCAAGAGCGAGAACUGGAGGAGAGGAUACUACGAAGUGCUGAUGCUCCUGGCGCAAGCCUCGGAGCAGCUGGACGGCUGGGUCAGGGACAAGAAGAGGAACAUCAUCUUCCCGCCAGAGGUCGUCCUGGGUCCGUCGAACCCGCAUCCGAAGCCAAUCCCGGCGGGCGCCGAGAGCGCGCCGAACGAGGAGGACUGCGAGGUCGCCUACGAGCCCGCCGAGAACCACUACCUGCGGGUCCUCACCACAAAGGGCUUCACGAACCGCCAGAAGAUGGACGCCGCCCUGAGGUACGCCUCCUUCCUUGACUACAAGCAGCUGCCCGACGCCGCCGAGAAGAUGUACCAGUGGGCGCUGUCACUGGCGACAGAGACUGCGCCUAACUCGCCGCCCGUGGUUGACCUCCGCACAUACACAAUCAACGACAAGUUGUCGCUGCCGUCAGAGAACGUGUUGACAGUUCUCACAUCAAUUGCUCUGCACAAGGCCCGCGCAGGCGAUGUGAACGCCGCGCUGCCCAUUUUCAUCUCCAUCCUCCGCGCCCGUCACGCCCUCCCUCAAGUGCCUCUCCCGGGCCAGGAACGCCCUGCUGAAACCCCUUCAACACUCUGGCAGAGAGUCUGGAGCCUGGCGCAGCCGCCGGUAUAUCCUUCACCCCCCGACGACGGCACUCGCCCCCCCUGGAGACACCCCAAGGAGCUCUGCGAAGAGGCAGGUCUCAACCUAUACAUCGGCGAGAUCCUCUACGCCACCAAGGACUCCAAGUCGAACCGCGAGGAGGGCCUAGCGUGGACACGUGAUGCUGUCGACCUCGCCGAGGAGCAGCUCCGCAACAUUGGCCCCGCAGGAGGAGACAGGGAGGCCCGGCACACGUGCCGCGAGUGCCUCAGCACGGGAUUGCAAAACUGGUCGACAAUGGUGGCGAGGUUGGCCAAGGAGGAGGAGGCAAAGAACAAGGCCGGCCCCGUCAAGUCCGCCUUUGGCUUCUGGAGCGAGACGAAGACCGAUGACAGCAGGUGGGCGGCGGAGGAAAAGGUCGUCAAGGAGAGGGUACGCCGGACGAGGGAGUUGCUGGUGCAGGUUGAGCCGCCUGCUGCCGGACUGGCUUCUUUGCUCAAGGUGUAA